AUGCAAGAUACAGUCGAAGAUGAGCCAAGCAUUCUCCCUCUCCACAGCUCUCCUUCAAAGUCUGCAAGCCGGUUUUUGCAGUUUGAUGAUUUUUUUGAUACUCCAGUGCAAUAUCCAGACCUUGAUAUCUCUCUUUGUUACAGUGUUUCAAGCUUUGAUAUCCUUUCAACUUACAAUGAUGUAGCAACUGAAGCUCAGGUUAUGAGUCCAAUCGACUUCUAUACAAUGAAAACAGAAGAAAAUUUGAUAAACUAA